UGAUUACCAUCCUAAUUGGUUAUCCAUAUCAAAAUCGGCGGGUUUUAAAACGGUACGACUCGGUUCUUCCAUUGGUUAAGGAUGCCUUGAAACUUGAAAGAGAUCACGUAUAUCAUUUAGCGAAUUAUUAAGGUUUGUUUUGUCCUUUGAUGAACCGUGGGCUAGCCUAGUCUUUCUCCCACUUUUAUUUUGAUUCCUCUCUCUGCUUAGGUUCGAUUGCUCCUCCCAGUUCGAGCUCCAGUACUUUCUCUCUCUAAUAUUUUCAGGGCUUCUCUCGAACACACUUUCUUCGAGAGACAUUAAUAGAGCUCUGAAAUCAUGGCGGUGAAUCCCCCAAAUUUAGAAUGUAGGAUGUAUGAAGCUAAAUACCCAGAAGUAGACAUGGCUGUAAUGAUUCAAGUGAAGAACAUUGCUGAUAUGGGGGCUUAUGUUUCUUUACUGGAAUACAAUAACAUAGAGGGCAUGAUUUUGUUUUCUGAGCUUUCAAGGAGGCGAAUUAGAAGUGUUAGUAGUCUUAUCAAGGUGGGAAGGCAAGAGCCUGUAAUGGUUCUUAGGGUUGAUAAGGAAAAAGGUUAUAUUGAUCUUAGUAAGAGGAGGGUUUCGGAAGAAGAUAUUCAGGCUUGUGAGGAGAGGUAUAAUAAGAGUAAGCUGGUCCACUCCAUCAUGCGUCAUGUGGCUGAGACAAUGCAACUGGACUUGGAGGACCUUUACAUUCAUGUUGGUUGGCCUUUAUACCGAAAAUAUGGACAUGCUUUUGAGGCAUUCAAAGUGAUUGUAACUGACCCUGAUUCAGUUCUAAAUUCCCUCACCCGGGAAGUCAGAGAAAUUGGACCUGAUGGACAGGAGGUUACAAGGGUGGUGCCAGCAAUGACAGAACAGGUUAAAGAUGCUUUAGUAAGAAAUAUUCGAAGGCGUAUGACCCCACAACCAUUGAAGAUACGGGCGGAUAUCGAGAUGAAAUGUUUCCAAUAUGAUGGGGUUCUUCAUAUUAAGGAAGCUAUGAGGAAAGCUGAAGCUGCAGGCAAUAAUGAUUGCCCUGUGAAAAUCAAGCUUGUUGCUCCUCCCCUUUAUGUUCUUACCACUCAGACUUUGGAUAAGGAGCAAGGCAUACAUGUUCUAAAUGCUGCCAUCAAAGCUUGCACUGAAGCAAUAGACCUACACAAGGGGAAACUUACUGUCAAGGAGGCUCCUAGAGCUGUGAGCGAGCGUGAUGACAAGCUUCUUGCCGAGCACAUGGCCAAGCUGAGGGCUGAUAAUGAAGAGGUCAGCGGUGAUGAGGAAACUGAAGAAGAGGAAGAUACAGGGAUGGGCGAGAUUGAUCUUGAUAAUGCUGGUGUGACUGAGUAGAUUAUAAGACACAAAUCAAAACGGAAAAAUUAGGUGAUUUUGGUUAACACUAUUGAGUUUACGUGUAUAGAACCGCCCCAAUUUGUGCUGCUCGUGAUUAAGGUUACAUUUGUUAUUUUCAUUGAAGUUUGCGGUGGUCGAUUUAUCUGCCUUGUAUGGAAUUUGUGAUCCUGAGAUUUUGUUCAGAGCUCUUCAGUUUUCAUGUCAUUGGGAUAUUCUACAUGAAUUACAUAUUAAUUUAAGACUUAUCGCAAAAAACG